AGCUGCCAUACUCCAGGCAGUUAUCUUUACAGGCGGUUGUGUGAGUCAGUCCCUGCAGAAGGGAACAGAACAGCGGGGGUGCAACAAGAGGAGGCAGGAGUGGAGUUAUACUGAAACCUGAAACUUUCUAUUCAGAGAACAUUUAUCCACUGGACUCUUGGAGCGUUUCUACAUUUAUUUUUUCUCUUGAAGCAGGUCUGUUCUAUUCUAUACUGAAAGCUCCAGUGAGUUGCAUUUGACUUUUAUCCUGUAGACUCUCCUCUGUUGUGAACAAUGAGGUCCAUUGAACCUUUGUGCCGUUGGAGAAUCAUCCCCCUGGCUUUGACCAUGGCAGUGGUGUCCACGAGCAGAGCCUCUGAGUAUGAAUACCUGAGCUGGAAAUCGGACUUGUACAAUGGUGGCCGCAGCUAUGGCAAGCCUCCUCAAUGUGUGGAUAUCCCAGAGGACCUGAGGCUGUGCCACAAUGUGGGCUACAACCAGAUGCUGCUGCCUAACCUACUGGAGCAUGAGACUAUGGCUGAGGUGAAGCAGCAGGCGGGCAGCUGGGUGCCCCUGGUGCAUAAGAGCUGCCACCCGGGUACCCAGGUGUUCCUCUGCUCCCUGUUUGCCCCAGUGUGCCUGGAGCGCCCCAUAUACCCCUGCCGCUGGCUGUGUGAGGCUGUACGAGAUGGCUGCACCCCUAUCAUGGAGUCCUUCGGCUUCCCCUGGCCUGAGAUGCUCACCUGUGACAAGUUUCCCCAGGAUGACGUGUGCAUUGCCAUGACUGCACCCAACGCCACUGAAGCUACCAAGCCCACAGGUUAUUCCCCCAUAUGUCCCCCAUGUGACAAUGAAAUGAAAACAGACAUCAUUCUAGAGCACAUGUGUGCCAGCGAGUUUGCUAUCAGGACCAAGAUCAAGGAGGUGAGACGGGAAGGCAUGGACCGCAAGGUAAUUCUGCAGAAGAGGAAGAAGCCAUUGAAACUGGGAAACCUAAAGAAGAAUGACCUAAAAAAGCUGGUUCUGUACCUGAAGAAUGGAGCCGACUGCCCUUGCCAGCAGCUGGAUAACUUGGGCAACACUUACCUGAUCAUGGGGCGCAAGGUGGACACGCAGUUCCUCCUGACGGGCAUCCACAAGUGGGACAAGUCCAGCAAAGAGUUCAAAAAGGCCAUCAAGAAACUCAAGACCCACAAGUGUCCAGCUUUCGAGAAUGUCUUUAAAUAAUCAGACCCAACUUUUUUAGAAGCAUCUCAUCAUCAUGAUACACAAGAACUUGCACAACCAACAAUCCACAUUUUGUUUUUGUUCAUAUAUCUAUAUAAACUGUAUAUCUUUCUAUAUUUACAGUCCUGCUUUACAUUUUUCCACCAUCCAUUUUGCAGUGGAGCGUUGUGAUCAUUGAGACCUCCUGCUAUAGUGGUUUCCAGUUAUCUGAAAAAGUUAAUGACACUGCACCCUCUUCCUCCUCUAUUGAAACCAUUUCCACUUCGUAUAUGUAGAUACAGUGCCUUGCGAAAGUAUUCGGCCCCCUUGAACUUUGCGACCUUUUGCCACAUUUCAGGCUUCAAACAAAGAUAUAAAACUGUAUUUUUUU